UACGUGUGACAUAGAUAUGUGUACGUGUAUAUAGUAAAUACGACGUAAAUACGAUCAAAGCAAUUGUUCGUUUCGAUCAUUUAAAUUGAUAAAAAAAGAAAAAAAAAAAAAAAAGAAAAGAAAGAAAAAAAAACAAAGACGAUCAGUUUUUAUCGGGAUUCAGAAGUAAAUGUAAACUAUACGAAUAUAAAUAACACUUAAAAAAGAUGUUAUCAACGAAAUAUUUUCCUUACAAAUUGUUUUGGAACCGGACAGUUUCUAACGCAAUUUUUUUCCAUGAAGAUUAAAGACAAAGAAGCUUCUAAUAUUUGGGGUGAGCAUCGCUAUAAUUCUAGCUAUGGUCCUAACGAUAAUAAUCGUAUUAUUCGUUAAUAAUUCAGAAACGAUCUCUAAUGGAAGCUCGUACUUUGGAAGAUACAAAAAGGCUGCAGUGUCCACACACGGGCAAGAAUGCGCCGAGAUAGGUGUCGGCAUGUUAAAUAAAGGUGGAUCGGCAGUCGAUGCGGCUAUUGCUGCGCUCUUAUGCGAGGGAGUUGCGUCUUUGCAUAGUAUGGGAUUGGGCGGUGGAUUUUUAAUGACCAUUUGGGACGCAUCUAACAAAACUGCCGUUUAUUUGGAUGCGAGGGAGGUAGCUCCAUCUGACGCGAAUGAGACCAUGUUUCAUGGGGAUCCUCAAUUAGCGAUGUUUGGCGGCUUAGCCGUUGCAGUACCGGGCGAGCUUCUUGGUUAUUGGGAAGCCCAUAAAAAAUAUGGGAAAUUGAAAUGGUUCGAUCUAUUCGAGCCAAUUAUUUCUCUGUGCACCACCGGAUCAAUCGUGACUAAAUAUUUGGAAUCAUAUCUGAGCAGUAAAGAAUCGUCGAUAAGGGCGGAAAAAUCGUUGGCCGAAAUCCUUAUAAAUCCCACUACCAAUUCGUUGUGGAAGGUAGGCGAUAGAAUAAAAAGACCACGUUUGGCAGAAACGUUGAAAUUGAUCGCGUUCAAUGGGCCCGAUGUAUUUUACAAUGGCAGUAUGACCGAUAAUUUAGUGAAAGAGAUCGGUGCUUUCAAAGGUAUCAUAAAGAAGGAGGAUUUCGUAAAUUAUAAAGUAAAAUGGAGGAAACCGAUUAAAUCAACGGUAGGGGAUUUAACUAUCUAUACCGCACCGCCACCUGGUUCAGGAGCGCUCGUAACUUUUAUUAUGAAUGUUCUCUACGGUAUAAUUCCAAACCAGGACAACAGAAUUACAUGGCAAAACAUAAUCGAGACGUUUAAAUGGACUUAUGCUAAAAGAACGAAAUUAGCUGAUCCUGAUUUCGUCAAUAUCAGCGAAGUACUUAAUAAUUUGACAUCUGUCGAUUAUGCAAAUAUGAUUCGAAAGAAAAUUAAGAUAAACGAGACGAGUAACGAUCCCACUUAUUAUGGUGCUAUUACUGUUCCACCAGACGAUUCAGGAACGUCUCACAUCUCUGUCUUGGCUCCCGAUGGAUCUGCCGUAUCCGUCACAUCAACGAUAAAUCAAGUUUUUGGAGCAAUGAUACGUUCAGAAUCGACUGGCAUAAUAUUUAACGAUGAAAUGGAUGAUUUUAGUUCCCCAAAUAUAACUAAUGCAUUCGGUGUACCACCUUCGCCAGCAAAUUUUAUUAAGCCUGGAAAAAGACCUUUGAGUUCUAUGAGCCCGACAAUUGUUGUAGAUAAAGAUGAACAUGUCCGUUUAGUAAUUGGUGCUGCAGGUGGAACUAAAAUCAUCACCUCAAUUGCAACAGCAAUGAUAUUAAAUCUUUGGUCAGGAUAUGAUAUAAGACAAGCUGUUGAUGUACCUAGAAUUCAUCAUCAACUAUUACCAAUGAUUGUUCAACAUGAACAAGGAUUUUCUACAGACAUAUUAAAUUAUUUAUCGAAUAUUGGACAUAAUAUUACAGCUUAUACGGGAAUUGGUAGUGCAAUUACGGCUAUAUCUAAACAGAAUGGAGAAAUAUUUGCUACUUCGGAUUUUCGAAGAGAAGGAAGAACUGCUGGUUUUUAAGUUUUUUAUCCAUGAACAAAAUAGUAAAUAAAAUGACUCAGCGCAGAUAGAUAAGAAAUAAUGUUGCGAUAUACACAAGCAAUACGACAUUGUUGUGAUCAAAAAUUGAUUUACGUUUCU